CGCCUCCCACCCAGCCGGGGUGUUUCCAGCCGGCGUCGCCCGGCACUUCCUCGUUCCCGUGCGCCCCAGGCUCAGCUCGCAACGCCCAGCGCCAGCGCUCCUCAGGCGGGAGGGGGUCAGAGGAGAGAUGUCGCAACCGCCUCUCUCCCUCUCUUUCCCCGCCUAGGCGCACAGUCACCUCCCAGAUGAGCGCGCUCGCAGACGGCUGCGGGCCGCCGGGCGCCGGGCAUGUCCCUUGAGUUCACGGAGGCGGUGGGCACCGAGUCCCCGCGCAGCCUGGAGCGCGCCAACCGCACCCGCUUCCCUUUCUUCUCCGACGUCAAGGGCGACGACCGGCUGGUGCUGAGCGCCGUGGAGACCGUCGUACUGGUUCUCAUCUUUGCUGUGUCGCUGCUGGGAAAUGUGUGCGCUCUGGUGCUGGUGGUGCGCCGACGGCGCCGCGGCACCACGGUCUGCCUGGUGCUCAAUCUCUUCUGUGCGGACUUGCUCUUUACUAGCGCCAUCCCGCCGGUGCUGGCCGUGCGCUGGACCGAGGCCUGGCUGCUGGGCCCGGUCGUCUGCCACCUGCUCUUCUACAUGAUGUGCCUGAGUGGCAGCGUCACCAUGCUCACGCUGGCGGCCGUCAGCCUGGAGCGCGUGGUGUGCAUCGUGCGCGUGCAGCGCGGCUUGCGGGGCCCGGGGCGGCGGGUGCGGGCGGUGCUGCUCGCGUUCAUCUGGGGCUACUCGGCGCUCGCAGCGCUGCCCCUCUGCAUCUUCUUCCACGUCAUCCCGCAGCAGCUCCCCGGCGCCGAGCAGGAAAUUUCGAUUUGCACACUGGUGUGGCCCAGCCUUGCCGGAGAAAUCUCCUGGGAUGUGUUAUUUGUUACUUUGAACUUCCUGGUGCCAGGACUGCUCAUCGUGAUCAGUUACUCCAAAAUCUUACAGAUCACAAAGGCAUCCAGGAAAAGGCUCACGGUGAGCCAGGCUUACUCCGAGAGCCACCAGAUCCGCGUGUCCCGGCAGGACUUCCGGCUCUUCCGCACCCUCUUCCUGCUCAUGGUCUCCUUCUUCAUCAUGUGGAGCCCCAUCAUCGUCACCAUCCUCCUCAUCUUGAUCCAGAGCUUCAAGCAAGACCUGGUCAUCUGGCCGACCCUCUUCUUCUGGGUGGUAGCCUUCACGUUUGCCAACUCGGCCGUAAACCCCAUUCUCUACAACAUGUCACUAUUUAGGAACGAAUGGAGGAAAAUUUUUUGCUGCUUCUUGUUCCUGGAAAAAGGAGCCAUGUUUACAGACUCGUCAGGCAGAAAAAAUGAUUUGUCGAUUAUUUCCAGCUAAUAAAUUUUUCUCUAUAGGCAGAGUAUGUCACUCUCCGGCAAGCCACGGUAUGUUUUCAAAGGGAGUUAAUUUCCAGGACCAUCAUGCCAGUGCACCUUUGCUUUGAGAAAAUGUAACCUAUGCAAAUGCACAUUGACAGCACCAGUAAAUUAAGGGGUGAUCAUUCAGUAAAACACUUUUAUCCUUAUAAAAGAAUCUGCUAUGGGUUCCUUUAAAGAUGAACUUUUUCAAUGUGUUUAUUAUAAUGUGAUUGAAUUCAAUAAAUUUUUAUUUAUGA